CUUGUGGAGCCAAAGGACUCGGGGUUCUACAGCGUAAACUUCAUUGCAGGCCUCCUUUCUACCUCUGCAAUCACCAGGCUGAUAAAUGUGAAGCUCAGAAAUGGGGGCCAGACUGUCAGCAUGCCUGUCCAAAAUGUCAGAACAGAGGCGUGUGUCAUGACACGACAGGGGAAUGUAUCUGUCCUCCCGGCUUCAUGGGCAAGACUUGUGAAAUAGGUUGUGGUGUGGGUCGAUUUGGAAGAACUUGCAAAGAAAUGUGCAAAGAUGGUAGUUGUAAGUCCCUGGUCUUCUGCCUUAGAGAUCCUUAUGGCUGCUCUUGUGCCACAGGAUGGAGAGGACUGACCUGCAAUGAGGCCUGUCCUGAAGGCUAUUAUGGUGCUGAUUGCCAAAUGAAAUGUGAGUGUGGUAGCCAAGGGAGCUGUGACCGUUUCCGGGGCUGUGUCUGCAAGGAUAGACAUGGGACUCACUGCGAGAGAGAAGACGCAGUUCCAGAGGUGAUCAGCAGUCUGAGCGACACAGAGCUGAAUGCUGGGAUAUCCUAUUGGGGUACUUCCUGUGCUGCAACUGGUUACCCUCCUCCAUUGCAUGGGGACAUUGUACUGCAGAAACCUUGCAAAACAAUAGUGAAGCCCAAAGAUACUGAAACCUUGAGCAACCAGUCCACUGCUCACUUCUGGGUGGAAAAAAUAACAUUGCGUGAUUCUGGAAAGUGGAUGUGUCAAGUUAAAACAGCAGCUGGACAGAAAGUAAAAUAUUUUAAGGUCAAUGUCAAAGACUCACCAACACCCCAGUUCCCUCCCUUUUUAAACAACAGUGGACCAUAUCACCUGGUGCUUUCAGUUAACAAGGACCAGUAUAUUGGUGACGGACCUAUAACAUCUGUGAAGCUCCUGUACAAGCAGGCUAAUACAUCAUCAUCAUGGGAGUCUGUCGAAGUGACUGGGCCGCUGGUGAACCUGGACAACCUGACCCCAGUGACGAAGUACAACAUGUGUGUUCGGUUGAGUCGUCCUGGGGAGGGAGGAAUGGGCUUCCCGGGCCCCAUGGCCACCUACUCCACUCUCCAGCUGGAGCUCCUUCCACCAUCAGGAGUUAAACUGGUGCCGGUCAGUCAGACAUCUCUGACCCUCUCCUGGGACGCCACCACCUGGUUGCCGAAAGAGGAGCAUGUCUACCAGGUGGAAUGCAUCCCCAAAUCCGAGCCUGAGCGUGUCCUGCUGAUGAAUGUGCCAGGGAACUCUUCCAGCCUUGAGAUGAAGAAACUGGAGCCCAAGCAGCAUUACCAGUGUAAAGUGCGUCUUAAGUGCAGCUCAGUGGGUCAGUGGAGCCACACAGUGUCGGCAUGGACUCUGAGCAAUGUAAUCCCACCGGCUCCCUCUGACAUCACUACAUGCAACAUCACUGACUCCUCUGCUGUCAUAUCAUGGACACUAAAGGAAGGGAACUCCAUCUCCACAGUCAUCAUCCGCUACAAGGACAGCAGUUCAGAGGACUACUGCCAGCAGACUGAGAUCAACAUGCAAGAACAUACGGCCACACAUUUCCAGCUCAGGGGCCUGAAGUCAGAUACAUCUUAUUUGGUUGAAAUCUGGGCAAGGAAUAACAUUGGAGAAAGCACGAACAACCCUAGACUCAACAUCAGAACUGCAAAACAGCCCGAAAGCUCCAAGUUCUUUGGCUUUGGGAAUGAGGGCAACAUGCUGCUCAUUGCCAUCCUGGGAUCUGCAGGGAUGACCUGCUUAACCAUCCUGCUGUCUUUCCUCCUGGUGCUGCAGCUCAGGAGAGCGACCUUCCAGCGCAGAAUGGUCCAGGCCUUCCAGAAUGUCGUGAGAGAAGAGCCUGCGGUCCAGUUCAGCUCUGGGUCUCUCAACAUGCCUAAGAAGCCCAAGAGCAGGUCAGAGCCUGUGGUCUACCCCACCCUAGAGUGGAACGACAUCAAGUUCCAGGAUGUUAUAGGGGAGGGGAAUUUCGGCCAGGUCUUGAAGGCGCGUAUCAAAAAAGAUGGAUUAAGAAUGGAUGCCGCCAUCAAACGAAUGAAAGAAUAUGCUUCUAAAGAUGAUCACAGAGACUUUGCUGGCGAACUGGAAGUGCUGUGCAAACUUGGACAUCACCCCAAUAUCAUCAACUUACUGGGUGCCUGCGAACACAGAGGAUACCUGUACCUGGCUAUUGAAUAUGCCCCCCAUGGUAACCUCCUGGACUUCCUGAGAAAGAGCAGAGUCCUGGAGACAGAUCCGGCCUUUGCCAUUGCAAACAGCACCGCCUCCACCCUGUCCUCUCAGCAGCUCCUGCACUUUGCAGCGGAUGUGGCCAGGGGCAUGGACUAUCUCAGCCAGAAGCAGUUUAUCCACAGAGACUUAGCUGCAAGGAACAUCCUGGUGGGAGAGAACUUUGUGGCAAAGAUAGCAGACUUUGGUCUGUCUAGAGGCCAGGAGGUUUAUGUGAAAAAGACAAUGGGGAGACUGCCAGUUAGAUGGAUGGCUAUUGAAUCACUGAAUUACAGCGUUUACACCUCUAACAGUGAUGUAUGGUCCUAUGGAGUGCUACUGUGGGAGAUUGUGAGCUUAGGUGGCACCCCGUACUGUGGUAUGACCUGUGCAGAACUGUAUGAGAAGCUUCCACAGGGAUAUAGGCUGGAGAAGCCUCUCAACUGUGACGAUGAAGUAUAUGACCUGAUGAGACAGUGCUGGCGUGAGAAGCCCUAUGAAAGGCCAUCAUUUGCACAGAUCUUGGUAGCUCUGAACAGAAUGCUUGAGGAAAGAAAGACCUAUGUCAAUACCACUCUGUAUGAAAAGUUCACCUAUGCAGGGAUUGAUUGCUCAGCAGAGGAAGCAGGAUAAAAGAAAAGAAAAAAGGAAGUCUGGGCUUCAGGUGUAUCCUCUAUGUACUAUAGCAUGCCUGAAUUUAAGCAGUCCUAAGCUUGGGUUAGUAAAGUAGUAUUUUGCACACAUUGUGUGGAGUUUUUCCAUUUAUGCUUUGAACUGGAUAUAAGUCCUCCCAACUUUAAGCUUUGUGGAAAAAUAUCAUAAUGUUGCAAGGUAUUUGCAUGAAAUGUGUGCAUACUGAGGGCAGCAAAAUCUUUGCUUUUCAUUUUUACUGUGUUGUGUGCAACAAUGACAUUAUCUUUAGCUGGGUGAAAACACAAGGUGUGAUUAAUACAGGAGACAGUGCAUUCAGAUCUGGAUUCCACAGUGUGCACAUCACUCCUCUUGCUGAAUUAUUUGUUAAAUCUCUUGAGUCUUCCGAGGCUACACUGUGUGCAAAACAGUGAAGGUAAAAACGUGGUGACCCUUCAGGCAAUGAAAUCAGACCCUGACUUUCAGAGAAGAGUCUAUGGCAGAAAACAGGUGGACAUUGGAAACCCAAGAUUGAGAUUUGUUAGGAAUGUAGACUUGAUCUGGGUCAUUAUUCCACAAACCUUAUGAAGUAUGUUUUGUAGAUGCACACUAAAAAAACACAUGAUUUUGAUACUUCUAUGAAAAGCACAACUUUGUAACUGCUCAUUACAAAAGUACCUGUACAUACAGUACAUGUUAUUUCAUAUUAAAAGAGUAUUUAUACUUAA